ACAAGUUUGGAAAUAGCUAAUAAUCAAACAAUGUCUAUCUACUAUACCAGCACUACUGUCUCUGCUCCCAUGAUAUCCGUCCUCCCUCGUCGCUCAAUGAUCGUUGCUGCUGUCGAGCAUCGAGGCCUACAGAUGUUCCGACGAACUCUCCAGGUCCGAUCAUGCAGUGGCACUAGUCAUGUAGCUCCCUUGCGGCGGUCGGCGAAUUAUCAUCCAAACAUAUGGACGGACGAGCAUGUGCAAUCCCUCUCGGGCACCUCCACGGCGCAACAAGAAGAGAAUCGUGAGAGAAUAAACGUACUGAAGGAGCAGACCAGGAAUCUGAUACGUGAGAAGCAGCAAGUAGCGAAGCAGCUUCAACUGAUCGACCACCUGCAAAAGCUCGGCGUGGCGUAUCACUUCAAAGACGAGAUUGCUGACGUUUAA